AUGGGUACUUUAGCUGCAAUAAGCAUCGCCAUCUCAGUCAUAGGACUCUACUACAUCCUCAGAAUAGGACGCCCACGUCCCCUCCCCCUCCUCGGCAACGUCCUCGCCAUACCCACCAAAAACGCCCAAUUCCGAUUCACGCAAUGGGCCUCCCAAUACGGCGACAUCUACAGCCUCAAGCUCUUCCACACCACCACCAUCGUCCUCAGCUCCCGGCGCCUCGUCCGCGAGCUCAUCGACAAACGGGGAACAACAUACAGCAGCCGCCCACCCUUCGUCUUUGCAACAAGGUACAUCGCGCGGGAUCCAGCGAAUAUGCCUCUAGUCGUCUUCAUGCCGUCGGGUGAGAAACUGAGGUUAUGCCGCAAGUUACUGGCGCAGUGUUUCAACGAGGCGAAAGUAGAGAAAGAGUACAUUGGACUUGUGGAGGCGGAGGCUAGCCAGAUGCUGUGUGAUUUUAUGGAAGAGCCGGAGGAGUUUAUGGGGCAUACACUGAGGUUCUCGAAUAGCAUUAUCAAGAGUCUGGUCUACGGAACAAGAACGAGACAUGCGGAGCAGUUGGAAGAGUACAAGGUUUGGUUUGACAAGUACGUUGCGUUGCUUGAGGUUGGUGCAACACCGCCGGUGGAUCUGCUACCGUGGUUGAUACAUGUGCCGCAGAGUAUAUGGACUGGACGCUGGAAGAAUUGGAAGGACAAGAGUGAGGAGACCAGCAAGGCUGUUAAUGCUGCGUUUACGCAGAUGGCGGAGCCGGUGUUGGAGAGGAGGAAACGGGGUGUGCGUGCGGCGACUGUAUAUGACUAUGUGCUGGACGAGGGCGAGAAGGGGAUUGAUCUUACGAGAAGAGAUCUAGAUGUUUUUGCUGGGUCGCUGAUUGAUGCUGGGAGUGAUACAACGGCGUCUGCUAUACGAGUUUUCAUUCAGGCGAUGGCUAGGUAUCCGGAUGUUCAGGAACGAGCACACAGACAUGUUGGUGAGGUGGUGGGAAGCAUGCGGUCGCCCGGGUGGAGCGAUGUCGCGAGCUUACCGUAUGUCGUGCAGGUUGUCAAGGAGGUCAUGCGAUGGAGACCUCUUGCGGCCUUGAUCAUGCGCUCCACUACUGCUGGUAUCCUUCACUCCGCUCGGAUUGUGGAUGAGCCGUGGCUAAUGUGA